UCCACACUUUAAAGGCUUUAUGCAGAAAACAGCAUGAAUUUGAUUAUUGUGGAGCUCUGAAAGACUGAAACAGUCUUCUAUGUGUUGUGCUUCCUUUCAUGCACUCCUUUGAGCCUUUGGCUUUUGCAUGCAACUCUGGUCGCUUGAGAUCAAAAUGGAUUGUCCAAAAAGAAUGAGGAUACUUGAGGUCUUUUCCCUGGCAAACUAAGAAACAAGGAAUGGAAGGAAUGUAAGAGAGGAAAAGAGAAAGUUCCAGCCAAAGAAGAAAACAUGAGCACACUGAGGAAAAUUAGAGUUGUGUACACUGACCCUGAUGCUACAGAUUAUUCAAGUGAAGAAGAUACUAAGUUACUGAGCAACGGCUAUCAGUUAAAUUCUAAGAGGGUUGUCAAGGAAAUUUUGUUUCCAUGCAUGCCAAGCAAAUUACAUGUAGAGAAUUCUUCUCAAGAAGAUGUCAAUAGUGAAAAGAACAAUGUAAGUUCUGGUCCUUUUGCAAGUAGGAGGAGCAGGAAAUCAUCAAGCAUGUACAAAGGUGUUCAACGCAGGAAAUGGGGAAAAUAUGUGGCAGAAAUUAGAGAUCCUAUCCGUGGGGUCAGAAUGUGGCUUGGUACUUUUGACUCUGAAGAAGAGGCUGCUAUGGCUUAUGAGAGAAAGAAAAAUGAGUUUGAAAGUUCUUUGUUGGCUUUGAGCAAAAGGGGUGCAUUGGCUUCUUCUGAAAGUGCCAAAGAAGUGUUGUUUCAUCCAUCUCCAUCAUCAGUGCUUGAUGUUAGCACUACAAAAGCUCCACUAGAUGUUAAUGAUGGUUCAGUCAAAGAAAAGGUCAACGUGGAAGCAAGUGGUGAAGGAAGAGGCAAUAAUGUGGAACCAGAUUAUAGUGAAGAUGAUUCAAUUCAAUAUUUGCUAGAGGAGCCAGUUGUGCCAUCAUUGGUUGGUCAUGAUCUCUAUUUGGAUGAGGUGGAGAAAGGGGCAAUGCUGCUUGGUAAUGACUUUUAUAAUUUCUUGGACAAUGACAUCAAAGAUGGUUCUAUGUGGAAUGUGAAACAUGAGGAAGGCAACAUCCUUUCCCCUGUAGACAGUGCUUUUGAUGAGUUAUCUUGGAUCGAUGAAACUCUAAAUUGGGAAUGCUACUAAAAUUUUGUAGUUAUUAAAUAGUGAAACUAGUGGCCACAAUUAUUAGAGUAUAUAGGUAAACAAAAUGAGUGGAAGCAUUUGUAUUUAAUUGUUGAGGCAUUAUUCUCAAUUGUCACAAAAGCUCUUAGGAUUUUUGCCGCUGAUUAGAGUAACUACAUGAAGGUUUUCAAUUUUGUCAUGACACUAAAUUUGUUUCAUAUUUUCUUCAGACAAAU